AGGCAGGCCCUGGAGCUGCUUCCUCCCAGCCCUGCAAGAGCCCUAAACACAGUGCAUCUGCCUGCAGCUUGCCUGCACGCCUGCCUGCAGCCUGCCUGCAACCAGCCUCUGGCUCAGGGUUUGGCCUCGCUCCCCAGCCAUGCUGCUGCUCCUGCUGCUCCUGGAGGCCACCCUGCUGCGGUUGGCCAGUGGCUCCCACCACCCCUUCUACAAUGGCUUCUACUACAACCACGUCAUGAACGACAAGGGCGACGGGCAGGAGAAAGUGGUUUACUUCAACGGGGUCAAGCUGGUAGUGGAGACCACCAAAGACCCUGUCUACAGCUCCAAUGGUGCCAAUGUCACCCUGCCCUGCCACUAUCAUUAUGAACCUAACCUGGAGGCCAAGCGCAAGAUCCGCAUCAAGUGGUCCAAGCUGCGGGACGACUACACCAAGGAACAGGACGUGCUGGUGGCUAUUGGCAAGACCUCCGUGGCCUUUGGGGCCUUCCAGGGCCGUGUACACCUCCGCCAAUCUGGCCAGCGUGAGGCCUCGCUGGUCAUCAGCGAUGUGCGCUUGCAGGAUGAUGGCAAAUACCGCUGCGAGGUCAUUGAUGGGCUUGAGGAUGAGAGUGAUGUGGUGGACCUCCGGUUGCAAGGUAUCGUGUUCCCCUACCAGCCUCCCCGCGGGCAGUACAGGCUCAACUUCCAUGAAGCCGAGCGAGUGUGCCAGGAUCAGGGUGCCAUCCUCGCCACCUUCAACCAGCUUUUCCAGGCCUGGAGCGAGGGGCUGGACUGGUGCAAUGCAGGCUGGCUGGCUGAUGGCACCGUGCAGUACCCCAUCCGCCUGCCCCGCAAGCCCUGUGGUGGGCUGCACCUCGCCCCAGGCAUCCGCAGCUACGGCCCGCGCCACCGGCACCUGCACCGCUUUGAUGCCUUCUGCUUCUCCUCUGCGCUCAGAGGAGACGUUUUCUACCUGGGCCAUCCAGCCGGGAUGACACUGGAGGAGGCCAAGCAGAGCUGCCAGGACAUGGGGGCUGAGAUCGCCCGGGUGGGGCAGCUCUACUCCGCCUGGAAGUUCCUGGGGCUGGACCGCUGCGAUGCCGGCUGGCUGGCAGAUGGCAGUGUCCGCUACCCCAUCACCAAGCCCCGGGCCAACUGUGGCCCUGCGGAGCCUGGUGUCCGCAGCUUCGGCUUCCCCAGCAAGGGCAGGUUUGGGGUCUUCUGCUACAAGGAGAGAUAAGGAGCUGGGAGGGCUCCUUGGCCGGGAGGAUGUUUCCAGCCUGAUGGUGCCUGGCGUCAGGUGUUUCCCAGGGCUGUUUUGGGAUGACUGGGGGGAGGUGGGGUGGGGGGGGAGGCUUCUUUUUGUUUAUUUUGUUUCCUUUCUUGCUCAGCAGCCAGCAGAUGCAGCUGCUCAGGGUGGCUGCCAGCUGGGGUAGCGCGGGAUUGUCCACAGCAUGGGGUGUGCACGAGGACGAUCCCCAUGGCUGCUGCCACACCGCUUUGCCUCUGCCGCCCUGUGGGUGGUGGCCCCUUCCUGCAGUGGCAGCAUGCCACUGACACCCGCCCGCCCUUCCAGGCUGGUCCUGCCCCUGAGCUUGUGGGGUGGGAGUGAGGCGAGGCUGGAUUCAGCCAGAGGCAGAGAGUGGGUGUCUCCGUUGCAUCCCAGCCUCUCUUCCAGCCCCGUCCUUGUCCUGCUGAAGGUUGCCAUUGUGCCUGUCCAUGUGGGAGCACCAGUGCCUUAUCUCCAUAUACUCCUCUCCCAGACUCCACUUGAACUCCGGUGCCGCCUUCUUCAAGCAUUUGGUUAUGAAAAGAUAUAUUUUCCUGGACCUCUUCUAAUAAAUCAGUGGAGAAAGCUCUGGA